GUUUGAACAUACUUGACCUGGGGAAUACUGGACAAACUUGUGUUUGUGGAUUGCAAAUACAUUAUCAUUAAGAAUGAGCAACACUAACUUACAAUUUGUUCCUUUUGAUAAAGAGUUGAAGGGACUUGUCUACAUGUCUGACAUCGAUUCAACAGUGGAUCGCUAUGAGUCAGUGGUGGCGGAACUGGGUCAGCAGAAACACCCAUACAUCAUGAAGAUGUUCGACAAGGAGAGAGAAGAAAACAUUCUUGUGUUUGACCAGGACAGCGAGGUCAAACAGAAGAUGUACCUGUAUCUGGCUGGUAACAACAAACUGCUGACUGACAAGCGUCUCGGCGACACCGACUGUCUGGCGCUCUACCGCACACUGAGCAACAACGUCUACAUCAGCGUCCUCGACCUUCGCUACAAUAACAUCACAGACGAAGGGGCCAUGCACAUUGGGAAACUCAUAGAGGAGAAUGUGACACUGAGUGAGGUCAAUCUGAUGUGUAAUGACAUUGAGGAGAAGGGAGCAGAACAUCUCGCUAAAGCUCUCCACACAAACGGCACCCUGUUGACACUGCGACUGAAUGGAAACAAGAUGGGCAACAAGGGAGGGAUGUACUUCGCUCAAGCCCUGCAAGUAAACAUGUCUCUACAGUGUCUCGACCUGGGAGACACAGAUCUGAAAAUUGAGAGUAUUAUUGCAUUGGCGACGGUCCUACACCAGAACAAGACUCUGAGGAGUCUGAACGUGAAUCGCCCAAUCCUGUUUACACACCAAGAGGAGACAGUGGUGCACAUGGCAAAUAUGUUAAAGGUGAACAAUACUCUAAAAGAACUUCACCUCGAGAAGUACGACAUGCGAGAUUUCGGUGCGGCGAGACUCUCCGAGUGUCUGAUAGAAAACCACUCACUAACCUACCUCAACCUCAGCUGUAACCGGAUCACGAGAGACGGGACUAAAGAGCUCGCUAAGGUCCUGAAGGCGAGCACGGCGAUCAAGACUCUCGACCUCGGCUUCAACCGCCUAGAGGACGAUGGUGCCAAACACAUCGCAGACGCACUUACAGUCAACUACAGCCUCGAAACGCUGGUGAUAGUCAGUAACAACAUUGCGUCGGAAGGUCUGUGCGCGCUCGCCAACUCGCUGCGACUCAACUGUACGUUGUUGAGAAUCUUCAUCUGGGGGAACAAACUGGAGGAACCCGCUUGUGUUGCGUUUGCUGAGAUCAUCAAGUCCGGGCGUCUCAUGCAGUCCGACACCGAUGUGAAGCCAUAUGUGGUAGAUGAAGAGACGCGACUCUGCGAGAUGAGUCAUCAGAUUCGACGCCACUACUACUAUGCGCCCAGCUAUGGUGACGACGUGCCAUCAUGGCAACCAAGAGGAAUUCACUACAAGCGGACAGACACUGUCACAGUCAGGGUGUGAAGACAGUUACUGUGUAUAUAGUCCACCCACCCCACUUUCCACUUGUACCUUCACCCCUCCAGGUCCACCCCUGUACAUGGUCAGUCAGGGUGUGAAGAUAGUUACUGUGUAUAUAGUCCACCCACCCCACUCUCCACUUGUACCCACACCCCUCCAGGUCCACCCUUGUACAUGGUCAGUCAGGGUGUGAAGACAGUUACUGUGUAUAAAUAGUCACCCUCCCCGCUCUCCACUUGCACCCUCACUUCCAUUCACACUCCCCUCCAUAUCCACCCCUGUACAUGGUCAGUUAGGGUGUGAAGAGUUUGACUGUUUGCAGUCCCCCACCCCAUUGUACACUUGUACCCACAUUUCCAUUGACACACCCCUUCCUCCAAAUCCUCCCCUGUGCAUGGUCAGUACAAAUUGGAAGAUUUUUACUGUGUAUAUGGUCCACCUACUCUGUUCUCGACUUAUUCACACUUCCAUUCACACACCCCUACUUUCAUUCAGACCACUCCCUGUUACAGUGUAUAUAUAGUCCAAAUGCUACCAUCCCAAUUCGACUCCCAAACCCACCCACACCCCCAUAUUCCAUCGGUAGCACCACCCUCCAAAUCCACCCAGCUAUCAGUUUGCAGACAGACUGUAUGUGGUGACUUUAUCCCAUUCCCAUACCAAAAGAGCUAUUUGUUGUACUCUGUGACUGUUACCAUAACUACUUCCACCCAAGUAUACCCCCCACCCCAGAACAAUGCUUAUCAGCAGCAUGAAGUUUAGGAUCACUAAUUAAAAUAACAUUUGUAGAUUGUAAACAUUUCUUUGGAUAAUCGUACUGGAGAGAGGAGAAAUGGACUAUAUUUAUGAGAUAACUUAAAAUUGCUCCGUCCAUUUUUUAUAAAUAUAUAUAUAUAUACUU